UGGUAAUGGAUCAAAUGCAUGAGAAUCCUUAAGAAGAAAAAUAAAUUCACAAGUCUUCAAAAUCAAAGGAAAACUGGAGGUCCAAUGGCUCUGAUGAAGUAAGGAAGUAAAAGAAGAAAGAAGAAGGAGACAAGAAAGUGAAAGUACUGGUAAUAAGGACUUGGGUUCAACUGAAAGGAAGGCAUUAAUGCAAAGUGUCCAUCCCUAAUAAGGACUUGCAACUUGGCUUGUCAAACAAUUCCAUUUAAUGCCUGCCAUUUGGGCCUCUUCUUCUUUGAAUUGAAUGAAUCCUCACGUGUUAGCUGGAUCUUCUUUAAUGUUUUUUCACUAGCUAACUGUCCUGAGAAGUGACAUACACUAGAUAUAUGACUACUCUGAUUCACCUCUAGUACUUCCAAGCAGGUGAAUACUAUCACUUCAAGAGUCAAGACUACAGUCUGGGAAUGGAUUCGAGGGAAAUCAAAUCACCUGAAGCCACAUUCGAUGGAAAUUCAGAAUCAGGUCCCAACAAGAAGCUUGGGAUGUACUUCAUGGAGUCGGAUAACAGGCGAAUGGCUUUCGGGCGUGGUUAUACCGGAGGAACCACGCCGGUGAACAUCCACGGAAAACCUAUUGCCGAUCUUUCAAAGACGGGUGGUUGGACGGCUGCCUUGUUCAUUUUUGGGAAUGAAAUGGCGGAGAGAAUGGCUUAUUUUGGUCUGUCAGUAAACAUGGUGGCGUUUAUGUUCUAUAUAAUGCACAUGCCUUUCGCCAGUUCAUCCAACGCAGUAAACAAUUUCCUCGGUAUAUCACAGGCAUCAUCCGUCCUUGGUGGCUUUCUUGCAGAUGCAUAUCUUGGACGCUAUUGGACUAUUGCCAUUUUCACAACCAUCUAUCUUGCAGGCCUGACAGGUGUUACCUUAUGCGCAUCAAUGAACAUCUUCAUGCCAAACCAGGAUAAGUGCGAUCAGUUAUCCUUGCUUCUGGGUACUUGCGAGCCUGCAAAACCAUGGCAGAUGCUCUAUCUCUAUACGGUCCUUUACGUGACAGGAUUUGGAGCUGCUGGUAUAAGGCCAUGUGUUUCUUCUUUUGGGGCCGAUCAGUUUGAUGAAAGAAGCACCAAUUACAAGUCUCAUCUCGACAGGUUUUUCAACUUGUUUUAUCUUUCUGUGACUAUUGGGGCAAUAGUUGCCUUCACUUUGGUAGUCUAUAUUCAAAUGAAACGUGGAUGGGGAUCUGCGUUUGGUUCAUUGGCCAUAGCCAUGGGUAUAUCAAACACGCUCUUCUUUGUCGGCACUCCCUUGUACAGGCACAGAUUGCCAGGAGGCAGCCCCUUAACGAGAGUUGCCCAAGUUCUGGUUGCUGCCUUCCGCAAGAGAAAUGCAAGUUUUUCCAGCAGCGAUCUAAUAGGCCUCUAUGAAGUGCCUGGCAAACAUUCCGCUAUAAAGGGGAGUGGAAAGAUAGCUCAUACCGAUGAUUUAAGAUGUUUGGACAAGGCAGCUCUGCAAUUGAAGGAAGAUGGUGCUGAUCCAAGUCCUUGGAAGCUUUGUACUGUGACUCAAGUAGAGGAAGUCAAGAUCCUAAUCAAACUUAUUCCGGUCACAGCUUGCACUAUAAUGCUCAAUGUAGUUUUAACAGAGUAUUUAACUCUCUCGGUACAGCAGGCAUAUACUAUGAAUACGCAUAUGGGUCGUCUCAAACUCCCUGUGACAUGCAUGCCUGUGUUUCCUUGCCUUGCCAUUUUCGUCGUUCUGUCUCUUUACUACGCAAUCUUUGUUCCUAUAUCUCGUCGCAUCACCGGUCACCCGCACGGUGCUUCUCAGCUUCAAAGAGUUGGCAUUGGUUUGGCAGUUUCAAUUAUAUCUACUGCAUGGGCUGGGAUUUUUGAGAAAUAUCGGAGAAACUACGCCAUAAAAAAUGGCUAUCAAUUAAGUUUCCUGACACCCAUGCCCGACCUAAGCGCAUACUGGUUGUUGAUACAGUACUGCUUGAUAGGAAUAGGUGAGGUAUUUUGCAUUGUGGGAUUACUGGAAUUCCUCUAUGAGGAAGCUCCUGAUGCAAUGAAAAGCAUAGGAUCUGCUUAUGCUGCUCUUGCUGGAGGCUUAGGCUGCUUCGGAGCAAGUAUCUUGAACAGCAUCAUCAAAUCAAUAACCGGGAGUCCAGACAAACAAUCAUGGUUGUCCCAGAAUAUAAAUACCGGUAAAUUUGAUUAUUUUUACUGGCUGCUUACUGUUCUGAGCAUAAUUAAUUUUUGUGCUUUUAUAUACUCAGCGCUUAGGUAUAAAUACAGGGCUGAGCACAAGUUUGGGACUGGGGAACCAAUUGUAAACACCCAAUAAGUGCAUAGGCAAAUAAGAAUUUGGAAUUUUAGAUGGCUAAGCCAUUUUUCAUUGUUAUGAGCUAUCCUUUUCCGGAGUAAGAUUUCCUCUAAAAAAUAUAUA